UGUUGGUGGUUGGAUUGCGUGUCCUUCCAGUUGGAGGCCACAAGUUUCAAUCACGAAAAACAUCUUAAUAUGCAGGAUUAAUCUAUGUACAUCUGGUUUUAGGUAUAUUACUCUGUUCAAGUUGGAUCCCUUUUCAUAUGUUGCAAUUGUUAUUCUAUUUUAGGCACUGGGUGUUCCCACAGGUCCUCAUGGUGUUUUUCGUGAUUAUCAAGUUGAUGCCAUUACUAUGGAAAUUUUAUCAAAACGUUUAGCAAACUACAAGAACCGACAUAGCGAGUUACUUUUGCAAGGUGGCAGAUUGGUUGAAGGAGUGAUCCGGUCUGUAAAUAAUCUGCUCGAGAAGUUUCACCAGUCCUUUUUUCUCUAUCUUCUGACAUCUCCAAAUAGAUUUGUGUCUGUUGGAGUCUACAUGAUACCUUUUGCCUUGCUUGUUGCUCCCCUUCCAAUGGUCGCAGCUUCUCUUUUUGCUGAUGCUAGCAGAAAGAAUUCUGGGAUGGAAAACAAAGAGGUCACAACUUUUCCAGCUUUUUCUGAUAUCCCUACCAUCACAUUUGGAUCCUGGAGAUGGCUUCAUGCAGCCAAGACCGUGUUUAUUGUCCACUUUUGGGGUGCCGUUGUAACAUUGCUUCCACACUUUCUGUCUCUAGUACCAGAUUCCCCACCUCUGACCAACCUCUUGACCUGGAUCGUGCUUUCAGUGUCCAGCCUCUUGAUCUUGCAAGUGAUUCUGGGUUCCUCCUUUUCUCUUCCAAGCAUGAAUCAAACUCAAGGAAUGGAAUGGACUCUUUUGAAAUCAGUGACAAUUGCUGCCGCCUGUACUGGACUUUGUAUAAUGUCAGUCAUAAACUUUGCAACUGCAGAAAUCGGAGCACUUAUGCUGGUCCCUAUGUGUUUGAUGGCUAGACCCUUGAGGAUCGAUGCUAAAGCUAAAACCUUGAAGUCAUUUUCUAGGGCGGCUUGCAAUGUAGUCUUAAUAAUUCUGUUUUUCCCUCCAGUCACUUUUUAUUUGUGGAAGGGAGCAUUAGUAGGUCUUGACAAUGCAAGAAUUGGUGACUUCUGGAACUGGGUUGAGUCCCUUUGGACAUGGAACAGUGCAACUUACAUAUACAUAUGUAUGGUUCACCUUCCAUGCUGGGUUUUGUGUGUGCAUACACUAGGCUAUCCUUGUUGAUGCACUGCCAUUUUCCUUCUUUUUUUUCCCACUGUACUUGUAUACCAACAAAAAUGGAAUUGAGAGUGCAUUUAAGGAUCUAUCAUUGUCUUUAUUUACAAGCCCUAUA